AUGAAGUCACCUGUCACAACAAAAGAGAUACAAAGUCUAACGGGUAGGGCGGCAGCUCUCAACCGAUUCCUUUCAAGAUCUACCGACAAGUGCAGGCUAUUUUUCAAAGCCUUGAAGAAGGGACACAAAUACAAGUGGGAUGACGAGUGUGAUGUAGCUUUUCAAAACUUGAAAACUUACCUCACUUCACCUCCAAUACUCUCAAAACCGAUACCAGGCGAAGACUUGUACAUCUACCUGGCAGUGUCCGACUCAGCUGUUAGCUCAGCUAUCAUCCGAGAAGAGCUAGGGGCACAACAUCUGGUAUUCUACACUUCAAAAGCUCUCCUUGAUGCAGAGACUCACUAUCCGAAAAUGGAGAAGCUCAUUUUUUCGCUUGUGGUUUCUGCGAGAAAGCUAAGGCCCUACUAUCAAGCACACCAGAUUAUUGUCAUAACAGAAUUUCCUUUGAGAUCGAUCCUUCACAGCCCCGACGCUUCUCAGCGACUCAUGAAAUGGGCUAUCAAACUCAGUCAAUACGACCUUCUCUACCAGCCGAAGACUGCUAUAAAAGCCCAAGCUUUAGCAGAUUUUGUUGUAGAGUUUACUCCGACAUCCGAAGAAGAGAAGAUGGUCAUGAAAAGCAAGGAAAAAGCAGACGACACCUCCCCCACCGGUUCGAACCUACCUAACGACAUGUGGCAGUUGCAUGUAGACGGAGCAUCAAAUCACAAAGAAGCGGGAGUAGGGGUCGUCAUAAUCACCCCAGAUGGAACCUUGUUGGAACAAGCUAUCACACUAGGCUUUUCUGCUUCAAACAAUGAGGCAGAAUAUGAGGCAUUGCUUGCAGGACUGCGCCUAGCGAAAGAACUGUCGAUCAAGAGAUUGGUCAUCUACUUAGACUCCUAG